GUAGAAUACGAGAUCGGCUUGUGAUACUCAACCCAGUUCAGAGAAAGGUUGAAAAGCAGAAGAAGAGCAAGAUAAACAGAAGAAUGAAAGCAUGUUCUUUCUUGUGCAUGCGAAAACCAGAACUAUUAGAGGACCUGCUUCAAGGUAAUGUAGACCUUGACACCUGGUUGGGAAAAGAAACUAAUUGGAAGGAAGACGUGACAUCAGUUCCAGCUGUUGAAUCUGCAGCCAAUGCAAAUAAUGUUAUUGUCCCUGCAAGUUUAGUACCAGAAGUACAUGAAGUACAAGAAACUGUAAAUGCCUCUUCAGAGACACUUUUAGAGAUUGAUGAGAACAGACAAGGAGACAUACCAUGUAAACAGACUAACACAUACAGUACAAAGAGUGACUCUCAAACCCAUCUCACUAAAAAGAAAAAUUCUAGCAGUGUUCCUUCUAAAGAAGAAAAGACUUUACCUAUAAAAUGUAAGCAUGUGUGCCCACCCACAACAAACACCAAUGUAGUUUUAAAUGACACAGUUAAAUCAGUUGCUAGUCAGAAAGGUAAAGACAUGCUAAGAGUAUCAAAUACAGAGCUUGGAAGGCAGUCUGCGUCAUUUGUACAAGAUGUUAGUCAGAAUGGUAAACCAACUGAAAACCACAUAUCAGAGGAUAUCACUCCAAAUUGUGCUAUCAAUACUGACAGUGUUACCAAAAUACAGAAUUAUUCAGAUAAAGGCAGAGAAGGAUGUCAAACUAAAGAUAGUAAUCAUAUUGCAGAUGAGAUCAGUAGCAACAGUGUUAUCUUUUCUCAGACACAGGAUAGUCAGUUACCAGUGAUUACAGAAGUGGUAUCCAUUGCUGCAAGCAAAAUGGAUGAAAUGUGCUCAGAAGAGGAUAAUAGAGAAAAUGAAAUGAUAAAGGACAUAAAUACAGGAAAGCGACAAGAGAAAAAAAAUGUAAAUUUAAAAAGAUGUCAUGACUCUAGCCAAACAACUGUUAAUUCAAAAAGUAAAUCUCAAGCACGUCACCCAAAAAGAAGGAAAAAUGUAGUAAAUGAAAUAGAAAAUAAUUUAAAACAUUUUUGUAAUGAAGUAGAAGAUCCUCCAGUGAAAAAAAGGCCUGUUAUGCCAGAAUUAUCAGGAUGUAUUAAAAACUGGCAAAAGGUGUUUCCAUGGGUGACCUAUUGCUCUGAAAAGCAGACAUUUAUCUGCGAGAAUUGUAAAUGGGGAAGCAUGGACCCUGCUCAGUUUGAAGUGUUUGUAUUAUCUAAGCCAAGUAAAGUGUAUCAGACAGCUAAAAUAUUGCGUUGCCAUGAUGAAUCUCGGAAGCAUAAGGAGUUCGUGAUGAAGAAACUGCAGAUACAAAAAUUGUUAAGGAUUGUUUAUUCAUUGGUAAAAGGUACUUUGAAGGAAGUUUCAGGACUGGAAGAAUUAACAGAAAGGAUAACAAAUAUAGAAGGAGGUGUAUUUCCAGGGCCUCAAAGGUCUCCUGAAAAAGAAUGUAUAGUUUCAUAUAUGGUGAAGCACAUAGCAACUUGCUUGCAAAAUAGACAACUGAAGGCUCUUGAAAGGUCACCAUAUUUUAGUGUACUUGCUUUUGAAAGGAAUAGUCUUGCUAUUAUCAGAUGGAUUAACCAAAGUGGAGAGAGUGAAGAACAUUUACUUUGUCUCAAUAGACAUCCACAAAAAAAGGAAUUAACUGUAAAGCAGUAUUUGGAGUGCAAAAAUGUAGAUCUUCAGAAAAUGUCAUUUUAUGCAGACAUCCCCCAUAUGAAAACCCUAGGAUUGCUGGACAGACUUGCCUUGCCAGCUCGUUUACCUUCACUGAAAAAGUUUUUGUCCUGGUUAGAAGGCAAGAGUAUUUUUAAAGAUCUGUUUCAUUAUCUUGAAGCAUUUACAAAGUUAUGUAAAGCAUCACAAUUUAAGUUUGUCAAUUUUCCUGAAACAGAGGAAGUGUUACAACUAGAGAAACCUUACAGUCAUAAUUGCAUAAAAAGUGCAAAUAUUCUUAAUUUUUUUUCAAAAAAUAGUUUAAAGCUGAAAGAAAUUGCUUAUACAAUAUAUGAAGAGACAGGUAGUUUAGAAGCUCUGGAAUUUAGCACAUUGGAUCUAACACAUAUGGUUGCCUUCAAGAUUGCAGAGGCAAUAUUUCCUAGGUUACAUGCAAUAUUUUCCAUAAAAGAGCACAGUCAUGAUUCCAUUAUGGAAAUUACAGAAUUGAGAAAAAUUGUUGCAUGUAUGUUGAAGUGUAUAGAAGGUCAGGAGGCUGAAUAUGUAACAAUUUUGAGCAUUCUGGACAUAUUUUUGUCAUAUGCACUUCUAAGUUUGCAUUCACAAAAAGAAGAAACUGUGAUUUUUUUUACAAAGAGAUUACAACAGGUUACAACUUUUAUAUUGGAAAAAGUAUUUGAGAGAUUUAUGAAGGAAUUUACGGGAAAAAGCUGUGAAUUGUUACAAGAUAUGCAUGCAGUAAGAACAUUACUAGGGAAAAAGAAAAGUUGUACUGUUGUUGAAUUACUUGAAGCAUUUGGGGCAAAGCCAGAUUUGUGGGGUGAUUACCCUAAACUUCAUGAGGUUUAUUUGAAAGUGAAAGUUUUGCCAUUCAUAUCUGCUAAAGUAGAGCUUAGUAUGUUUGAUGUUGCAUUGGCAUAUGGAACAUUAACUAAUAAGUUUACAAGAACCCUAGUGACGGCCAUGGCAUAUAUUUCCAUUGAAGGACCUUCAGCUAAAGAAAUAGAUGAAGAUUACAUUGUGAGAGAAUGGUCUAGUGAAUGGAAAAUGUGUUCUGAAAAAAUAUUAGGCUCAAGUGAAAGUUAUGAACAUAAAUAGUGAAUUUCAGUUUAUGAUCAUGUGUGCAAGAAAGUUAGUACAUUUCAUCUUUGUAAUUUUCUUUUCUACCAAAAGGUGUUCUGUUUUUUCUUCAUGAAACAUGCAUAUUCUAGUGUAAUAGAAUCUGUGACAGUUUGUUUGAUUAUAUGUUUUUAUUCAAGUUAUUUUCUUUCUUUGAUAUUGUUAAAUCUAUUGACAUUAUCAUUUUAAGCUUUAAGAAAGACUAAAAGCUGCCAAGUAAGGCUUAAAGGCUUAUAAUUUGACCCAACUUUGGGUCAAAUUAUAACUUUCCAGACAGGUCACGUGUAAUAGUGUCAUAACAUAUCACUUAGUCUGUAGGGGUAUGGCAGUAUGCGUGGUGACGUGCCAGAACACAUGGAGCAGGAAGGUUCACUUGGUGUAGCGGACUCCUGCACCCAGUGUCUGGCCGUUGCCAGAAAUCACCGGAGUUUAUCAUGCUCAGAGAUUUCUGAGCGUGAUCAUUGGGUUAAAAAAAGAAAAGAAAGAAAGAAAAAAAUGAUAUUGAUUGAUUUAAUGGCCAACUUUAUUUAUGCUGUUGAAUGUAAUCAAGUUUCUGAAAUGUUGCAAGAAUAUACUUCAUUAAAGAAACAGUGGUAAUUCAUCUAAGAAAUAGGAGUUAUUCUUAUCAACAAAAGUACUGCAUAUUGACAGAUAUAUUGAUAACUUAAACCAUGGUUGGUGAGUGUAUCACUUCUACGGUGUUACUGAAUCCUCAUUUCUCAGGCAUUGGGCUGUAACCAUUAUGAAAUGCACUUUUGUGUCCACAUAGAAGACUAUGUAUGGGCAUCUAAAUAUUUUACCCAUGGUUUCCACAUGUGAUGACAUCUAUACAAUGUGCUUGCCACUAACCUUCCAAACUUGUAAAGGAAACCUUAUUUGGUAAGAGUGCAUGCCAUCAUGGGCACAACCCUUUAUGAGGACACAGAUUUUUUUAAAACUGCCAAAGAAUUGUUAUGACAGUAGAAAGAUUCUUAAAUAAAAGCAGUGUAGAGGACAGUGAUGAGAACAAAAUUUUCUUUCUGAAAUUCAUUCCAUGUGGAGGCAUUUAAGUGACUGAUAUUUAUAUGCUUUUAGAUCUAGAAAGUUUCUUGUUAGAUUCUAACCAUUCAGUCUCACCACAAAAAAAAAAAAAAAAAAAAAAAAAAAUCUGUAAACUUUUUUAGUUAUGUAAUUAAUUUUGGUAAAACUACUUACAGCUAAAUAAGAGAAGUCUCCCUACAAGUGGUGUGCAGUUCCAUUGUUCACCAUGUAUUCUAUAUAGAAAUGAAGAAGCUCCUACUCUGUCUUCAUAUGUUGCAAAAUCUUUUCUCUUCUCAGUAUUCUUCAGUAUUGCAAUUUCUUCAAUACUAAAGUAGGAAUCUGAAUACCAUUUUAUGAUCACGUUGUCAGGAGAAUUAAGCUCUUUCCACCACAUGGUUCUAAUUACAAAGUAGCUUUUUAUAAACAAUUAGUGGUGCUGUAAGGUCAAAUAGCUUGUAUAAAUUGUUUAUUAAUCUUUGUUGAGUGUCUUCAUACCAUGAACCUUACUACACUAACAAGAACUUGCAGUUGAUCUAUGUGCUGUGAUAUAUACUUCCACAUUCAUUACAAAUGGAGUCAUUAGGCAUUUAUGAUACAUUUUAAUUAAAUGAAGGGAGUAUUUAUCUUUGUAUUAUGUAAGUUAAUUAACUUAUUACUUUAUCAGCAGAAUAGUUUUCUUAUUUUUUGGCUUCAGAUUUUGUACAUUUUGUUGAUACUGUACAUCAAAUUUUGAUGCUUUGUCUCUCCGUGGUUGCAAAAAUUUCCAAAGUGCAGAGUUGAUUCUAGUUGGUGUCAUAUCCUGUUGGUAUUUUCUUUAUUUUUUCUUUGAAACAAAGAAAAUCAUAUAGCUUUGGAGUUCUGUGUAAAGGUGACUCUAGGAGUUUAGUUUUGGCCUUAACAACAGCUCUGGGUUGUCACAAGAAUUCCAUAUUUGGCAUCCUCUGAAUCUUCAAUGUUAAAGUUAUUGUAACUUUGCAAAUCUAGUCAGAUCUGGGCCUAACCACUUGACACAAAAGGUUAAUUUUAAACUUCUAAGAGACAGGAAAGUUGAGAGCUAUGUAUGCACAUAGGAUGGAAUCGAAAAUGUUAUAAGUGGUAAAAUUAGCAUGUAAAAUAAUUUUUGACAGAUUUUGCUCUGUGUAACACACACAUGAAUGUGACAAGAGUUGUAAAACAUGUUCUUAGAGGGCUGCAGUUAUACAUGAGUAUAGCAAUGACUUAAUUGUUCUUCAGGGUAAAGAGCAAGAUGCAUUGUCCAAGAAUGAUCAACAGAUGUAGAAGACUGAGUGAUCACCAAAGUAAUUGAAGUCUUGCCAGUGAAAGCUGGUAUGUCUCUAGUAGCACUACAGUUUACUUUGAAAGAGUGUGCUGACCUAGCCUGUUUUCAUCAGGUUACACAGAUUAUCCUGACAACAGAGCACAUUUGCUUGAUGUUUUAUGGCACACAGAAUCACCUGGUUGUAACUGUGAAGGGACUGGCCUUUACCAAUACUGGAUUUUUUUUGGUCGAUGUACAGAUAUUUUAUGCAUAUUUCUUUUUUGUUUAAUACUAAGUUAUUUAUUUCAGUGCUACACUAUAAAUAGGUUUCCCUUUUUGCAUGACUACUUUUUCUUUCUAUAUCUCAAUCUAGACGAAUGGCUUUUUGCUGUAUUUUAUUUCCUUCCACUGUUCACACAGGAACAGUGUAUAAAUGCCUUCUACCAGCUGAGGUAAUAGCUUAAAAUAUAAGGAAGAAAUCUCUA